AAUCUUCACCUCCUCUGGGCACUGAAGGAAACGCAAGCUCCGCGAGAGAAGUUCCGACCGCCUAGGCUGGAGGAGACAGAAUGGAGACCGCGAUCGAAGAUGCGGGACUGGACCGCGGCCCGACGCUGACCUCGUCCUGGGAUGAGGCGUGCGGGGCGCUGACCCAAAGCCUCCUUCUUACCCGGACUGGGCCACGUGCUCAAGACUUGGACUUCGAGCAGCUGCUGGAGCCGCCAGCUUCGGGCCAGGAUCUGGUGAGCCUGAAAAGCAGCCGGAGCCCCCGAGAUGACCCCUGCUUCAUUUACCUGAAGUGUGACCCUAAUGGGGGUGAAGAAAUCCUUUCGGUUGGCAUUCUGAGUUCAGCAAGAAACAUGGAAGUAUACUUAGGAGAGGAGUAUUGUGGAACCAGUCGAGGCAAGAAUGUCUGCACUGUCCUGGAUGACAGUGAACAUGAAAAGAUCUUAUUGUACAAAAAAUGCCUAAAAUUGGAGUCUCCCACACAUGCCUGUAAAAUAAAGCUGUUGUCCUUCGGGGAAAAGCAGUGUGUGCUCGUCAGUAAAGUUGUGGUGCACUUGAGACCACGGUCUGCAAAUCCUUCACCACGCUCUGCUGCUCUGGGAUCACGAAUAGACCUCGACAAUAUCCAAACCAUAAUGGAGUCCAUGGGGUCCAAGUUAUCCCCUGGAGCUCAGCAACUGAUGAAUAUGAUUAGGUUUCAGCAGCAGAAUUGUCUCCCCAUCGGGGAUCAGCUUCAGUCGGUGUUGGGAAGUACAGGACACAAGCAUCUGAUGGCGUUGCAGUCUUCACCGGCUUCGGGAGUCUUAGACAAGGCAGCCUCUACACCUUUUCCUUUCAGAACUGGAUUGACACCUUCAGCCAUCACUGAAAAUUUAAAGGCUCUUAUUGAUAAAAGCACACAGCCAUCUGGAGAAGGAAAUACCACCAACCACGAUGAGUGUCACCUUAUGCCACAAAACCAUUCCCUUGAAAGUGAUCUUAAAAACGCAGUGUCUUCUUUCUUACCAAAGAAGGCCAGUGGCAACUCAAACGUGCCCAACUCUGAGUUGCUGCCUUUUCUCCAGAAUUUAUGCAGUCAGGUCAACCAUCUCCGCGUGGGACAUAAUUCCAGGUGGCAAGAAAACAUCUCCAAGCCCCGAGAGGGCAUUGUUGGUGUUUCGAUGGAAGAGCAGCAGCCUGUUUGCUCCUACUUGGAAAAGAUUCUUUCUAAAAACAUGGAACUGAUGGAAAAGAAGCUUAUGGACCACAUUGAUGAGAGGAUCUAUCAGCUCCAGGAACACAUAGAUGCUAAAAUGGCUUUGUUAGUGGACUUGCUGCGAAGCCCCAGCUCCCCACCCCCAGGAAUGCCCCUAAGACACUAUGACUCCAGAGAAAGACUUUCCAAUGGAGAAAGAUGAGCUAUGCACAUACUAUUAUUGCAGAUAUUUAUUACAUAUUUAUUACAAAGCCAGAAUCCAAAAAGGUUAUGAAAAUCAAGUCUUUAAUGUCCCUUGAAGGACUGUUUGUCUUACAUGACGUGACCUCAGUGCUUGUUUGCAUUGCGCUUGUUACUGUAGAUCCAGGUGUGCCCGGCAGCUGUCCUGAUACAGUCGUAAGUUAUUCUGCUUGCUACAUUUUUCACUCUUACAGAAAUGUAUACUUGUGUUGUGCAACUGUUUCAGAUGUUUAAGGACUUCAUGUUUAAGGACUGCACAGUUCAUUAGUUUGUAUUGUAUAUUACAUGUGUUUGAAGUGGAUUUUUUAUUUAUACAGAUACGUAUAAAAUAUAGUCUCAGGAGUAUGAAAAGUAAUAAGAUAUUCGAUUUUUUUUCUAAUUAUUUUUGGAAGUUGGAUACUUGGACUCUUCAGAUCACCAGUUUACACUUCCUAUUGUUUAUCUGAGAUGAAUGUGUGCUGUGUUUGGGCUGUUUGAGAGAGUUUACACAGUUGGGGUUGAGCUGCUUGUUCAUUACAGUGCAGCUGUAGACUACUUAUUCUCAGUCUUAGGAUUUCAGAUUUGGUGCUGUAGAUAAAAUGGAAGGAAAUUCUCUUCUGUAACGGACUGGUUCUUCUCCCAGGCCUUUCUUUUUGUGUGUGUGGUUUUUUGUUUGUUUGUUUGUUUGAGACAGGUUUCUCUGUGAAGCAGCCCUGCUGUCCUGGAACUCACUCUGUAGACCAAUCUGGCCUCGAACUCAGAAAUCCGCCUGCCUCUGCCUCCCAAGUGCUGGGAUUAAAGGCAUGCGCCACCACCACCUGGGUGUUUGUGUUUUUGUUUUUGUUUUGUUUUUGUUUUUGUUUUUUCCUCCCAGGCCUUUCUAGCAUGUAUAAUGUGUGACAUUCUAAGAAUCUAAAAUGAGGGUAAAGUUAUGAAUCCAGGGGAUUGCGGUUCCCAGCAAGUUUUCAGAAUUUAACUGUUAUGUGUUGGCGACACAACUGCGCCUGAAGGGAUUGUUCUGAAGACCACCUGUAAGUGAAUACAAUUCUUGUCAGCUAAUUUGGUUGUUUCUUUUUUAAAAGGGGGAUAUUUUGUUCUUGUCCAUUGUUUUGACAAACUGUUGAUUUUGAUCAUACAGCCAAGGUGACACAGCAUGUAGGACAUACCACAUUUUGGCCAUCUUUGGUGGGCCAAGGUUGGGAUGGGUAGUCACACCACGUGCAGGUGUAAGAUAUUUCCUGAUCAGUGAGGAGAGAACCAUUCAUGCACGGCUCUAGUCUGUGGUAGUAGUGGUUCCUCCCUAACUUACAGAGUACCACCCUUGACUUAGUAGUGCCCUCUGGCCCAUAAAAUCAUCAGCUGGGGCUCCCUGGAUCUGCAGGAUAGGACCAUACCCCUAAGUGAAGGCCUUGAAACUGUCUUCAUCUCAGCCUGACACACCUUUCUUGCUUUACCUCCAUAACCAAGAAUCCCUGUGUUCUCACCUCUGAUCCUUGUGACAUAGGGACUGAGCAGGGAGCAUGAAGUAGCCAAUGGGAAGAACUUACAGAAAAGCAAGAACCGUUAAAGAUGGAAACACAUUUCAUAAACCAUAUAGUGUCUGCCAUAGAGUGACAUGGACCCUGAAGAAUUACAACCCUCCAGGAAAUCCUGUGUUGGGGUGGGAAUAGCCUGAAGCCCACAACUAGGACAGCUUCUAGCCAGCUGUGAGUUGCUCACAGUCUGAUGAGCUAUUUCACGGUUCCGUCUAUACACAUAGAUGCUUGUUUUCUGGCUUCUGUUUCAUCUUUUCUGGGGAUUGUAUCACUGCUAUAGGAAAAGUGGGGAGAAAGGAACACCACCUCCCCACCCCUACCCUCCUCAGUUCUGACUAAAACUAAACAUUUCCUUUUUCUGUCUCUUUUUUUUUUUAAAGAAGUGGCUGGUACCCGAAUCUUCAGAUUCAUAUAAUAGCUUGUUAUGGGAUCCUUAAGUGUCAAAAUGGGAUUCCUGUUGACAAAGAAAACACCAUGCGUAAUCUUGUGCUGUGCACCCUGACAUGGCAAAGAGAUGAAAUAUUCCUUGUCAAGUGGCCUUAGUCAAAAAUCAUUUAAAAUAGGGCCACCAAGAAGAGCCUGUGUAUAAGUGCUCGAGUGGUCACCACUCCCUGUUGCAUCUGCUUCUGCUCUGUUAAGAAAACCUUCUUCUCUUUCUCAUCUCCGACUUGUCUGGUGGUGCUAAGACUUUAUACUGGUUAGAGCUCCCAGGGCUUUUCUGAGAUCUUCUUGGACUUGGUCACUAACAGCUCUUAACUGCCUCUGGUCUCCCAUCUACCUCUGAUGACCUUGGAAGACAUUUAAAUGUCUUCACUUGAAGGAUGCUUGUUUCCAGCUGCUCUGCUCAUAUUAAGGAUCUGUCCCUACCUCUGUGUCUUCCUUGUACCCCUUUGCAGCCUGAAUCUUAUUUAGCGUGGUGUUUUCCAUCCAGGACUUUUUUUCCUGAACCAAUACUCUGGACUGUGUACCUGAAUCUCAUAUAGAGCAAGAGUAUUGUAGAACAUAAGGUGCUCAAGGAAAUACACUGUGAGGUGAACUAGAUUCUGUCUGCCUUUCAGUGUGUGUAUUUGUGUAAGUUUGUAUCCCUAUGGGGUGAGUGAACAUGUACAUAUGGAGGCCAGAGGUCAAUCCUGGGUGUCUUCCUCGGGCACUGUCCACUUGUCUUUUACUUCACUAAAGGCUCGUAGUUUGUGGAUGUCUCUCAGUCCCACCUGUGCUAGAUUAGGCCUAAGAUGUAGAACACAGCCUGCUCCUACCUGUCUGGAGCUCCCUCAGUGGUCUGUAUGAUUGGAGAUGAGAUAAGAUACAGAGAGAAUUAUUAUGCAGAGAAAAUGGAGCUUUUAAAGUGUGGUUGUCUCUUACCACCUGAAAAGAUGUUUACUAACAUUUGUUCUGAAGGUUGCUUACAUACAAGCAGUCUUUGUUUUAUAUAAAAAUAUUUCUAGAACAAGAAUGUUAAAAAGCUGGAUGUAGGUGGACUGGAGAUGGUUCAGCAGUUAAGAGCACUGAUUGCUCUUCCAGAGGUCUUGAAUUCAAUUCCCAGUAACCACAUGGUGGCUCACACCGAUCUAUAAAGGGAUCCAAUGCCCUCUUCAGACAUAUGGAUAUCCACACAGACAGAGCACUUCUACAUUUAAAAAGAUACAUAAGUAAGUUUAGCUGUAUGUGGUAGGUAGCACAUACUUUUAAUCCCAGCACUUGGCAGGCAGAGGUAGGUGGAUCUCUGAAUUUGAGGAUAGCCUGGUCUAUACAGUGAGUUCCAGGAUAGCCAGGGCUAUGCGGAGAAACUCUACCUUGAAAAACAAAACAAAAACGUUGGGCGUAGUGGUAUACACUUUUAAUCCUAGCACUCAGAGGCCAAGACAGGCUUAUCCCUGAGUCGAAGACUAGCCUGAUUCACAUAGCAAGUUCUAGGCCAGUCAGGCCUGCAUACAUAGCCUUUAUCAAUGUCCCCCACAACCCCCAAAAUGGUUAAGGUAGCAAUAAACCAGGUUUAAGGCCUAAGUAUAUACAUGACCUUGAGUAUGCCCUUAAUAUUCUGGAUAUUUUCUGGGAACUUCACUAGCAAAACUGUUAACUUGUUUAGCUUCACAACAAGCUGUGUUGUUAACUGUGUAGCUUCACAGUGAAGCUACUGAUAUAGUGUGUUAGAGUUGUAAUCCUGUCCAGCCUUUCUCAGGAGGAUUCUGUGACUGCAUUUACAUUUAACAACCCUUUCAAGAUACUAGCCUUGGAAGCCAACAAAAUCCUAUAUGUGACUAUUAGAAAGACAUGAAGCAUGCUUCUCCCUUAAGAAUCCCACACUCACAUUUUUGGGUAUGAUCUGAGCUCCUCUAUAUUAACGCUUGUUCUUAAGCUGUCUUUAAUAAACUACAACUCAACUUUA